AGAUUUAAACUGAGAAUGUCUUCUGACGACGAAGGUGAGCAGUUAUCCUUCGGGCUUUUCGGAGAUCUCCUUGACGAAAUGCACCAAGAUAUCUCCGAUCAACCGACACUAGCAACCAGAAGAGCAACUCAAAAAGAAUUCGAUGUAUUGUGCAAAUUAAUUGGUGGAUUUGAGAAAUGGUCAGUUUUAAAUGAAGAUUGCCGAAGAGAAGUUGUCAAAAACAUGGAUUACUGGACGAGAAGCAGACUAGGAACAUGUUCAAAGGCUGAUCAUGAAACUGUCAAUACAACUCCCAUCAAAGUUCAUAGUAUUGAAGUUCAGGACAAUGAAAGUCACUAUGUUCUGAGCCCGGAAGACUUUGACAACGUGCUAGUUCGAGUUCAGUUUCAUCAUGACUUCAACUCUGGAAAACGAUUUGAGCUGGUUUUCUCUCAACUUGGAGAAGACACUCAAAUUCGUUGGGUCAAAUACAUGGGAAGAGCGGAUGUUAGAAGUCUUAUCCUGAAAAAUUGUAAUUAUUACGAGGAGGCUACGAAGUUUGCCGAGAAAUGGAUGAAAAGGUGUAAUUUUGAAAUUGCCGUCCUCAAAGUUGAAAUGUCGCAAUAUCCAAUGGCAUCCAGUAUAAUUAAAUUUCUACCAUGUUGCAAGGAUCUUCGAAUUGCUGCAGACGAUCUUGAUGCAUUUCGCUGGUGGCUACAAAAAGUUCCAGAACAGCUAGAUUCGCUUCAAUUGCUAACACACGAGCAAGAAAGAAACACAUUAACGCUUCCUGGCGAUUUUGUGGGUUUACCGCAAAUCAUGACUGUUCCGAGCCUCUACUUCUGGUGUCGAGCUGCAUUUUCUGAUGAACAAUUUCUCGAGUUAAAGGCGAAGUCUAUGAGCUUUAAUGCUGUAAAUAUUACUGAUAAUGGAAUAAAUCAGUUCCUGAAGAAUUGGAUCAAUGGAAAAGGAGUUCCUGGAUUCAGUCGAGCUCUGCUAUGGAGUAGGCGGCAAGCAGAUAAACCUGUACUGAUUCGAGGAUUUGAAGUUAGACAGUGGGAGGGGGAUUUUGAAAGAGAAGCAUCUGGUUUCUGUGGAGAUUUUGAGCGAGUUUGUGGUCGUGGAGAUUGUCUACAAGUUUAUAGUUUAAUUGAUCCUUAUGAAAGCCUAACUCUCAGCAUUAUGGAUGAUCGAAUUUCAAUUUAUGCUACAGGAUGGAAGUGUACAUAUGACGGAAGAACGUACAGCGACUAUGGUAUUCCCUGAUUUCCUUAAUUGUUUGAAAGGUGUGAUUUAUUGAAUAAAUGAGGACGAAGAAAACUUCAAGUGAUGUACACAAUUUUUGGUUACAGUCAGAUAAUGAAGCUUUUGAAUUUGACGA